CUUAUCUCGUUCCUCAUCGACUUCACCUCCGCCGUCCCGGAUCCUCACGCAACAACCCGCCUCUUCGUGGAAGACGACACUGGCUCUUUCUUUCUUGUGCCACAUAGCAUCGGCAAGACCUAUCCGCUCCAAAAUCUGUCGAAUUGCAACCUGAAAUGACCUAUUUGCGGUUUACCCACCCCCGACCUUCUCACUCCUGAACGGUCUCCAGCCAUGUCGGACCGCGGUUGAAUGCGGUGACUGGUUUUCCAUGCCAGCCAUUUCUUCGGUUAUCAACGCUAGGUGAUUUCAACGGAUGCGAAGGACGAUGACAGAGCUCACCCUCAAUGUGCCUCGACACCGGACUUCAGGAUGGCUUCCGCGUACCUUGCGUCGACAGUACUUGGUCCCGCUGGCCUGCCUCAUGUUUGUCAUGCUACUCUUGACGGAGUUCCUCCGUCAAUUGGGCAACGACAAGGGCAGCCUCAGCCUCUUUACCUCGACUGACCAAAUAACUGAUACGCGAAGGUUCGCCUACACCUAUGUCCCGACCAUUCUGAGUAUGAUCAUCGCCAUCCUGUGGUCCCUUGUUGAAUACGACGCCCUCCGACUCGAACCGUACUUUCAACUGUCCAAGCCACAGGGCGCUUCGGCCGAUGUGCUCCUCCUUAACUAUGAGUUCGGCCAUUAUACCACCGCUCCGUUUUUCGCUAUGAGGAACCGUCACUGGAUUGCAGUCUGCAUCUCGAUCCUGAGUAUCUUGUUGCAGUUAGUGUUCCCUUCGUUGCAGAGCAGCUUGUUCAAGAUGGAUGAUGCCACGGUAUAUAACAACCAGCACCUUGAGACGUGGCCGGAUCUAGUGAACCUGGCAGAGCAGGGAGCCUUGGCGGACAAUGACAAUCUGAACUUGACUGGAGCUGGACUCAGAGACCAUCGGGACCUUGCUUAUAAUCAACCACAAUCAAGCAAGUACGCUAUGGCACCGGUCGCUAUACCAUUGGAUGUGCAGUACGAUACAAAGCUGUGGGAGCUUACCCAGUCCAUCUAUUGGGCGGAGCUAUCUUGUGCCGAGGUGGAAGUGAGUGAUGCUAUAACACUUGAAGUGUCCUCGAAUGCCUCAUCAUUUGGUAUCGGAUCGCCCAAUAGCCAGCCCUCGAUUUGGAAUUUGAAUGAAGUGCCAUCGACGGGACAGAAUUGCUCCUUGGAACUUAUUGAGGAGAUCAUCAUUCCGCCGACAAAUGGAUCUUUGCAGAUCUCACACUGGCAGCCAAGUACAUCUGGAGUCAGUGUCACAGAGCAAUGUGCUUCUUUCGACAUAAUCGGGGUGACGGUGGAUAUCAGCCUCAACAAAUCCAGCGAACAUGUUGAUCGUCAGAAAUCCGACUUCUCGAGCUCUGAUUAUACUCACCAGGUCAGUGGAUUUGGCUGCAAGAUUGUAUACCAGACUUCCCAAGCCGGCAUCUCAGUUCAAGUAAACGGUUCACUCUCUAUCGCUGAUUUGCAUCCGAAUUCGACUACAGAGGUGUCUGAAGCGUCUCUAAACACUACUCAUUUUAAAGGCAUAAUCUUGCAAGAGGUGGCUUCUACCAAUGGUACAUCGGCUUCGAAUAAGAAGCCUGUGAGACCGUCAACCCUCCAGCGCGAUCUGAUGUCGAAGCUUGAACUUAGCGUCCAGGGUGCUUUUGUACCUUUGAUGAACAGGAUAUUCGAUAUCAGUGGCCAAUCACACUAUGUAAAGGCUUCUCAUGUGACACACCAGAUGGCAAUCAUAGUUGGCCCGGUACAGUCCUUUGUGUCCGAGGCAAUUCUCCUUUUCGGGGUGGCAGUCGUUUUGUAUUUGGCCUACACCUACCCGCGCCGCCCGAAUAUGCUUCGAAGCGACCCAGCCUCUAUUGCAUCAAUGUGCGGUAUCAUGGCUGAUGUCAUUGAUGCUUCUUGUCUCUCUCAUUUGAACCUUGACGAAUUAUCAACCAGACAGCUCAGGACCAUCCUUCAAAAUUACACUUGCCGCUGGCAACGAGCCGCCGAUCCUCCGCGUAUCUGCAUCGAGCCAUCCGCUGUUCCCCGCUCUCAAAGACAGAUCUUCCAAGGCAAAUCCGAUCCAAGACCACAUUUCCUCUUGAUCCCAAUAUUUGCCCUCGAGAUUUUCCUUUUCAUUGCGGCAUUUGCCGGGAUUGUGACGAUAUUUGUGCUGUGUGCCAAGGAUGGUGCUUUCCAUUCCCUGACCUAUCUCGAUUCCGACAGCCUCGCAGCGUUGUUCCAGCUCAUUCCGUCCGCAAUAGCCUCCAUCAUAAGAGCAAUUUGCCUCUCAAUAUACCGAUAUCUGAGCGUUUUAGAACCAUGGUCUGUUCUCCAGGCAGGAGGUGCAUCUGCUGCAUCUUCAUUAUUGCUGGAGUACGGUUCACUGAACCCUCUAGCUUCCCUCUUCAGGUGGUUCAGUUACCGUCACAUCCUACUGGGGCUCGUAGGAGUGGCGUGCAUGUUCAAUACAGCGAUGAACAUAUUGGCCAGUGGACUCUUUCAGCAUGAACUUGGUCCGACGAGGGCAGACACGGAUAUGAAAUCUAACUAUAGUUAUGAGUCGUUUGCUAUCAGGCAACCUUCGUCACUAGUCCCCGAACUUAGCACUAUCAAAAGCAGCAUCUACAGUGGUACAUCGUUACUUUCUUGGACCACAUCUACCUACUCAUUUCUCCCUGCAUGGACAGACACCUCUUCCGAGUGGCUUGUGGGAGGCACUAUAAGGGGCGUGGGAGCCGAUCUAUUCUGCAAGGAGCUUUCGAUUGCCGACAGCUAUUCUGAGGACUCUGUGUCAAACGUGGCGCAUUGGCAGUACUCACCCUUCAACGAAUCAGACACGGUGUGUCAAAUAAAUACAAUUCAAACCAGCGAAACCAGUCAAGAAGAAAGUUUGACGGUCCACUUUUUCGCCUCGUCGACAUCUGACGAGACCAACGGGUGCCAGAAGCCGGCGGUCCUCGUGGUCGCCUACCCGAGCGGAAGUGGCUAUUUGCAGACCACAUCUGAGAACGCAGUUGCGUUAUACUGCGAGUCUCAACUUAUCAUGCAGAAUUUCUCGGUUGGCUUCAACUCGGACGGGUACAUACAGUACUAUGUUCCUCUGAAUGGCACCUCUGUGGUCGAUGAACCCAUUCUGCAAAAUGGGUCAACAAAUCUUGCGAACUACAACCUUAGACUAUCGAGUCCGCUCAGUGUUACUUACAAUGGCUCACAUCAAGAAACGAACAAUGCAAGUGACGCUGACUGGUUUGGCGCGCUCACGGCGAAUCUUUAUCGUAUCCUGGACACCAACACAACGGUCGUUACUGCAGACGUUUUGGAGGUCGCCUCCCGUGAUGUAUACCGGACCAUUUUCGCCACUGAUCUCUCGCUUGAACGAGAUGCUUACUUCCAAUACCAAGAUCCCCCUUCUCAUAUAAAUGAUGGCAUCAUCUAUAACAUGUCCUGGGCCGUGGUCCCGUCGUUGGCAUCAUUUAUAUACGUCUUACUCAUAGUGCUUUUCGAUGGGUGUGUGGUAGCCUCGGUCUUUUUUACCAGGAGGGGUCGGUUCAGGUUUCCUCGCAUCCCACGGUCUAUUGGAUCCAUCAUUCCGUGGGUGAUCCAUGGCCGGGUCCUGAAUGAUUUCAAAGGCACGUACGCUUGGAGUGAAGGUGAACGAGAGAAACACUUUGCCGACCUCGAUAAACGGUACAAACUCGAUAAACAUGAGAUGCCUGAUGGAAAAUGGAAGUACAUCCUGGAAGAAGAUGUCUCUCGUCGCGACAGCGAACCCCCUACAGGCGAGAUACUGCAGUCCACCACCACGUCGAAAAGUCGAUUCCAAACACUUUUGCGAAGGGUGACAUCCGACUUUGACAAAAAAGACCAAAAUGGGUGACUUCUGCCGAUGCAUGAUGGUUUCAAUAUUCAUCAUUCACGCCUCGGCAGCAUCUGUUGUUUCAGAUGUUGGAUCUGAACCCGCAUGCGCUUGCUAGUAAGAUUUAGAUGUCUGGAUCAUGAGCAAUGGCCAAGAAUACAUCGCCACAUUGCUUUUGAACCGACAGCGACCUAGCUGUGCGAUAUCACGAAUCCUUGUUUGUAAGGAAAUGGGCAAAAGACGCUACAGCCAUGCUUUACAGAACUUGGAAGUCUAGGUCCUGGUG